AUGCCCAUGCAAGAGCUGACCCAUACCCCUUUAGGACCUGUGCUGCUGGGAGUACUCUCGCAUGUCACUGUGUUUAUUCGCGGAGAGUGGCAUAUGCGAGUCCCCGUGUUAAUCACUGCUUAUUCAUGUCUUAUAACAGCAAUGUUAGGGGUCGAUUAUUCCAUCUCUAGUAGCUUCACGUCUUCCGUGAAAACCGUUGGGCGUGGUGUAGGGUUAUACGCCAUUGGUUUAUUCGGUAGCAUCAUCAUAUACCGGAGAUACUUCCAUCGACUCAAGGAUUUCCCAGGGCCAUCCUUGGCCGCUGUCACAAAGUUAUGGCAUGUUUGGAGAAGUGCCGAUGGGAAAAAUCAUCUACUACUUGAGAGGCUAUUCAGCCGCUAUGGUCCAAUUGUCAGAACCGGUCCAGAAGAACUCACGAUAAUCGAUGCUGCCAUUCCUCACAUCAUUGAUGGCGUCAAAAGUCAAUUUAGGAAGGCGACCUUCUACGAUGUUGUUUUACCUAUGGUGGCAAUAAGUGCCACACGGAACGUUGGUGAUCAUGAUGCCAGGAGGCGAAUUUGGAACAGGGGGUUUAGCUCCAAGGCAUUGGCAGAAUAUGACGGUCUUCUGCUACGCUACACGGAGUUGUUAGCAAGCCAGAUAGAAUGUCUACUCAGCGCGGAUGCUAACUCUCGAGAAGCUAUCAUCAAUGUCACUGACUGGUUUGCCUGGUAUGCAUUUGACGUGAUGGGCGAGUUCGCAUUUUCAAAGUCCUUCAAUAUGCUCCAGAAUGGGGAAUGGCAUUCGAAAGUACGUCUUCUGGUUGAUGGGAUGAAUGCGUGCGGCACACUUGGUAAGGUGCCCUGGCUUGUCCAACUUGGAAAGUUCAUAAGACCUCGUGCGUCUCUUGUGAAGAAUUGGGAUUCCAUGUUGCAGUGGUGCAGAGAUUGCAUGCAUGAGAGGUUACAGAUUAAAGACGAACGUGCAGACCUCUCACAGUGGCUUAUUAAUGCAUACAUUGAGGACGGCUCUCAACAAGCCGAGCUUGCAUGGUUGCAGGGUGACGCCGUCACAAUGAUCGUCGCAGGAAGUGGCACAGUCUCCGUUGUCCUCACUUUUGCCUUCUACCAACUAGCCCGAGAUCACUCGCAACAACAGAUGCUGUACAAUGAGGUUAAAGAUUUUAAUAUCUACGACGGAUCAAAACUUCAGGAAUGUGUUCAAUUGACUGUCUUCAUCAACGAGACCUUGCGAAUGUACCCGCCUGUCCCUACGGCCGGCAACAAGGUAACACCGCCACAAGGUGUGACUAUCAACACUACAUAUAUCCCCGGGGGUGUCACUAUCGUGGCACCUAAGUAUUCAAUUCAUCGUCUGGAGUCAUCGUAUGAAAGCGCUGAUCAAUUUAUCCCCGAGCGAUGGACUACACAGUCAGACAUGGUGAAGGAUAAUAGAGGGUAUGCUCCGUUCUCGCAGGGGAAAUAUGGCUGCGUCGGUAAGCAGUUUGCAAUGACCGAGAUGCGACUUGUCAUUUCCCUAUUAUUGAAGAAAUUCGAGAUCGGAUUUCAAGCCGAUGAUAAGGGUGAGACCCUAUUCAUUGACCUCAAGGACAAUUUCACGUUUGCACCUGGCGAUUUGCAUCUGAAGUUUCGGCUAAGGAACAUUUGA